CUGUCGCCAUGGCUGAUGGGUCGAAAUGGCAGAGCAAAGCCUGAGUAGACUGCGAUGGAGGUACUUCAGCGAGACGAUACUUCCUUGGAGAUUCGCACUGUGGAAGGCAUGGACAUAUGUCAGGACGUUCUUGCUAGCAUACCUCCUUGUCCUGAUGGGACAGUUGGUUAUGUGCGCCAUAGAGCGUGGGGAGGAAGCAAAGGAACUACGAUCACGUUUAGACCUGCAAGCGCAGCUGAAAGCGGAACUCUCAAAUGAGACUUACAGCCGCUUGCUGAAACAUGGCUUCGCUGAAGUGCGAGAGGGUGAGGAUUUGGCAUGGGACUUCAGUGGAGUAUUUCACAGCCGGAGCUUCAUGUAUAGCUUUACCCUCGUUGCAUCGAUUGGAUACGGCGACCUUUACCCACGCACAGAUGGAGGGAAAAUUUUCUGUAUCUUUUUUACACUGCUUGCAACACCGGCGCUGGUGGUUGCAUACCUAUUCGCUGCUCGCAAGUCGAUUGACUUCAUGCGGUUCUUGGCGUUGCUGAUGGACGAGCAGAAUAUCCGGACCUUUCACAAGUAUGACAAAGAUGAGUCUGGACAACUGAACAGCAAUGAGUUUAAAGUAGCCCUCCAUGAUUUGGGCUACCGAGUAACUGAUGACGAUGUGCGCCUGAUCAUGGAAGAAGUCAACAUUUGUGACACUACACUCGUGACUAUCGAAGAGUUUGGCCAGGCAAUGAUUUUGUUGCAGUACCCGGAUGCCAAAUACAAGAAGAUCCGACAGACUGCAAUGCUGGUGGCUUUAGUCAAUCUCAGCUGGGUGCUCAUUGGUACAAUUUGCUUCAUGCAUUUGGAGUCCUGGACCUUUGUAGAAUCCCUGUGGUUUUGCUGGGAGACGCUCAUGACCAUUGGUUUGGGCGACCUUGUUCCGCACACUGAAGCUGGGCGCCCCUUGGCCAAAGGCUUUUGGCUUGUCCAUCUUGUCGCCAGAUCCAUAUCAUAGCCAUUUGAAGGCUUCGGUAGUUAGUAAUCACUUUUGGGACAGCCAAUUGCCUAAUUGGCUGGUUGGGGAAAGGCAGCUGCAAGCCUUAUUGCUGCCGCUGUUUCUCAGGCCUUGUACCCAGCAAGAUUGGGAAGCUUGUGC